GCAGCAGCAGGUUACUGCUUUUAAGGCAAGACUGCUACCCACUCGCUGUGUGCCCACCUCGACGCCGGAGCCGCGGAGCAGUGCAUUGCGUAAAGCAGCACUCAGGUAGACGGCAGUUUGCUGACUGGAUGCCAGUCGACCUCAGCCUGCUCUCUCGCCGCGUACCCUGAAGGGCUGCCAGCACGAUGAGGACCACCCUGCUGCUGCCCCUCACCCUGCUGCUCGCUGCCAUCGCCUCCGCCGCCGUGCAAAAGGAGCCACAACACAAGGUGAAAUGCAACGACGAGACCAUGGUCAUCGACGUUGCAAGACAAGAGGGGUCCAUCGCGUAUCUCGAAAAUCUUAAGGAUUUCCACGAAUCAUCUUGCAAAGCGGAAGUGCAGGAGAAGUACCUUCGCUUCAACCUCGACCUGACUGACGUGUUUAAGUGCGGCACGACCAAAGUGCGCAACCUGAAAAAUGGCUACACGCUGUACCACCAGAAGGUCGUGGUCGAAGACAAGAGCGGCCAGAAGUCGAGUUUCACGGCAACGUGCAAAAGUGUUAGCAAAAAGGUCAACAAACGAGAGGUUCUGCCUGCUGGUUUCCAGGAGCCCGAGGAUUUAGAAAUCACGAGCAGCUACACGAAAGAGGCGCCGCAGCCGGUUUUGAGGGUCAACGUGUUGCAAGGCGGCCGCGUGGUCACCGACGAGCUGAACGUCAGCCCCGGCACCACCCUGCAGAUGGAGCUGGCGCUGGACCAGCAGAGUGCCCCUGUUUACGGUCUACUCGUCUCGCAUAUGCAGGUCUCUGACCUCAAGUCGCAAGAGGAAACCAUCAUUUUCAAUGGGUGCUCCGUCGAUCCGUUCUUAUUCGAAAACUUCGACACCACCGACGGUGAUGUUUUACGUGCCAAAUUCCGGGCGUUCAAAUUUCCCGACUCAACCUACGUCCAGUUCAAGGGCACAGUCAACGUCUGCUUGGAUAAGUGCCGCGGAGUCGAGUGUAGCAAGAACCAGAUUGGUUACGGCAGACGGCGAAGGGCGAUCGCUGAGUUGCCCCCCGACCCCAACAAGGUCUUCGAGAUCACUUUGAGCAGCAUAUUCAAAAUCGAAUCAAAGGGAGGACUUGUCUCUAACAAUGGAAAAUUGUCCGCAUUGAGCGAGCCUGCUACCGUAAAAAUGCAAGAGUCUACACAACAAGUGAAGAACAAGCAGGAGAUCAAAAAGCAAUGAAUUUGGUUCUGCUUGCAAAAAGUCAAAUGAUUUCAUUUUCGAGGAGCUAUUAAACUGAAUUAACCUAGCUUGUAAAAAUUAAAAGAAAAAAAUUUGAGGAAAAAUUAAAAUUUUCCAAAAGGCAACAGUGAAACGUUUCUUUGAAAGUAAAACUAUUAACUGUGAUUUGUAAGUGUAAUAUAAUAUUAUAAAAUAAAUUAGAAAAAUUCUAAUCGUAUCAAUAAAGUAA